UCCCAUUUAAAAAUGACGGACUCCCCAGCCUUCUGAGCUGUUUCCCUCUUUGACGAAGAAAUUCUCUCCGCCUCUACGGAGACCGAGAGGGAAAAAGGGAAAAAAACUAUAAGGAGAGCAAGAGACGGCGAGAGAGAGGCGAAGCGAGAGCGAGAGAUCGUCGUGGUGUGCUAGCUUGGAAUCGGAAUCAAUGGCGGAGCAGCUGACGGAGGAGCAGAUCGCGGAGUUCAAGGAGGCCUUCAGCCUCUUCGACAAGGACGGAGAUGGCUGCAUAACUACCAAGGAACUGGGCACUGUGAUGAGAUCCUUGGGACAGAAUCCCACUGAAGCUGAACUGCAGGAUAUGAUUAAUGAAGUUGAUGCUGAUCAAAAUGGAACCAUUGAUUUUCCUGAGUUCUUGAAUUUGAUGGCACGCAAAAUGAAAGACACUGAUUCUGAAGAAGAACUCAAGGAAGCAUUCAAAGUGUUUGACAAGGAUCAGAAUGGUUUUAUAUCUGCUGCCGAGCUCCGCCAUGUGAUGACAAACCUUGGAGAGAAGCUAACCGAUGAGGAAGUGGAGGAGAUGAUACGAGAAGCAGAUAUUGAUGGUGAUGGGCAAGUGAACUAUGAGGAGUUUGUGAGGAUGAUGUUGGCCAAGUGAGAAUCCCAUCUUUUCCAUGGGGAACUUUCUAACCGCACUUCAAACUCUUGUUACGAGUAUCAGCAUUCCCCAUUAUCCACCUUUCAUAUAUUCGCUGGAUUAGCUUUUGCCUUUUCUGGUUUCCCUUUCUUUUAGCUGUUAAGCCCCUACCUCAGGAGUUCGGUAUUGAUGAGGUUAUUUGUGUGAAUGACUCCUUGAUAUAAGUACCUUACCUCUCAGGGACCAUAUAUGUUUGGCAGAUUUGAAGUUGCAGAAUGAGAUGAUAAGCCUUUCUAUAUGCUGAUAUCAAAAUGGUGAUACCUCAAGUUAAUGUUA